AUGGAAGUUGAAAGUUCGGCUGUCCGUCUGUGGGAAGUACCGGAUCGUUUUAAUCCAGACACUACAUUCUCGAUUGAAUUGGUUCUACAAGAUGAAAAGGGCGAUCGGAUACAUGCUUCUAUUGGCAAGUCAGUUUUGCAUCUUUUCAAAACACAAAUUAAUGAGCUUGGAUUACAUCUUAUGGCGAACUUUAUCGUUUGCCAAAACAAGGAGAGGUUCAACACCACAAAACAUAGAUUGAGGCUGACGUUUACUCAAUGGACAACAGUGGCCGAAAUAAUUGAUCCACUUUUUCCAAUGAAUAUCUUUGAUAUGCGACCAUAUCAUCAAUUGAUAAAUAAAGUUGAUGUGAACGAGAGUGAAUUAUUCGAUGUGAUCGGAGAAAUUAUCAAUUUUAGUGAGGUGCACACGCAAGAAAAAGGUAAAAUUUCCAGGAAGUGUAUGGAUAUCGAACUAGAAGAUGAUGAGAGGAACAAGUUAUCUACUACAUUCUGGGGCGAAUUUGUUGAUCAUGUUUUGCCUCACUUGCUAAAUUCAUAUUCUGUGCGCAAUACUUUGAAUGCAUCAAAGUUGUGGAUUAAUCCUACUUUUCCUCAAUCUGACGAGUUUAAAACACGAUUACUUUCUGUUCGGGAUAGUUACUCUGAGAGGCUGACUCAAAUCAUCUCUCAACAAAGUUAUUCUGUUUCGGAUGAGAUAGAGAAGAGCAUUGUUGAAGUUAAAACAAUUGGCCAAUUAGUGGAGUCCGUGCAAAACUUGAAAAAGGAUGGUCGUAUGUCAGCUGCAAGAAGUGUCAAAAACGUACAUUUAUUUUUCUUCAGGAACAAUGGCUGGAAACGUUAUGAAGUCUGCAACAACAAUAGUUGGAGAAAAUCAAUAUCAAUGGCAGCAGAAGUUGGCAAAAUACAAAGACGAGCUCUCCAAGGGAGUUUCGGGUUAUUGGAAACUUGGGUCAUGGAAACCACUAUGCUCGCCAUCAAGCUCGCUUAA